GAAAACUCGAAAAAAAAAAAAAAGCUCUUUCUAGGCAAUAGUCGAACACUUUGUUUCACCUUGCUACCUUUCUUAAUCAUCUGAUCGUUCCUUCUGAUUAAAUUUUCCGUCUUGCCAAACACCGGAUGAUUUUCCCUAGAAAAACUCACUUGGAUACAAAAUGAGGAGACCACCCUAAGUGCUUGUCUCUGAAUAGUGAGAUUCUACCCAGAGGACAACCAUAUUAGGGAGUUUGCAUUAUUGAGAUUGAAGGUUAAACUUUACGGACUUGUAGAACUUAGUUGAGAAGCAGAUGUGGUCACGCUGUGCAAAACCUGUUUGGCAUUUGAAAACCUUGAGAAGAUCUUCAAAAUCUCCAUGGUUCUUGAUGCCUUUGUUUUCUUUCUCAGACUGCACCCAGAAGAAGGCAAAGGUUGCCCCUUUACAGGAGACAAGGAUGAGAGACAGGUUUACAGUAUAUGCUAAAGGAGGUGAUGGUGGUGGUGGUUGUUCCAGCAUCCGGCGCAGCCGAACUGAUCGUCGUGGAAGACCAGAUGGUGGAAAUGGUGGAAGAGGUGGUGAUGUGAUUUUAGAAUGUACACCUACAGUUUGGGACUUUAGCAGUUUGCAACCUCACAUUAAAGCAAAUAGAGGGGGACAAGGAACCUCGAAGAAUAUGAUAGGAACCCGGGGAGAAGAUAAGGUUGUCCAAGUACCAGUUGGCACAGUGAUACAUCUUGUAAGGGGCGAAAUGCCAUUUAUAGUUGAAAAGGCUUCGUCGACAGAAUUAGAUCCCUGGGAACUUCCAGGGACACUUGCUGCUGAUCCAUUUGACUUCAACCAACAUAAAAACAUGUCUAAGAAUCCAAGCAUGCUAGCAGAGUUGAAGUCCUUGCAUGAUACUCAUGACAAAUUAUAUCCCACAGAAAAAAUGGUGGAAGAAUCAGCAAGCAUUAGAAAGGCUCCUCAAGCUGAUGUGGAGGAAAGCAUGGAACAAAUACAGUAUAAUGUUGCGGAACUAAAAGAGCAAGGUCAGAGAAUAGUGAUUGCUCGUGGAGGGGAAGGGGGUUUGGGUAGCAUGUGUGUUCCAAAUGCUUCAAGGAAACCCGGGCUUAAUAAGAUUGGGAUCCUUAGGGAUGGGACAUCUGAUCUACAAAUGUCAGAGGAUGAUCAAUCCUCCGUAAGGGCUGGUUUGCCUGGUUCUGAGGCUGUUCUUGUUUUAGAACUCAAGAGCAUUGCUGAUGUUGGUCUUGUUGGAAUGCCAAAUGCCGGUAAAAGUACUCUUUUGGGGGCUCUAUCGAGGGCUAAGCCUCGAGUAGGUCAUUAUGCCUUUACAACUCUGCGCCCCAACUUAGGAAAUGUAAACUUUGAUGACUUUUCAAUCACGGUUGCUGACAUUCCGGGACUUAUAAAGGGUGCUCAUCAAAAUCGUGGCCUAGGGCAUGCUUUCCUGCGGCACAUUGAACGCACAAAGGUUUUGGCUUAUGUGGUGGACUUGGCUGCAGGAUUAGAUGGUAGAAAAGGGAUCCCACCAUGGGAACAACUAAGGGAUUUAAUCUUAGAACUGGAGCACCAUCAAGAGGGCUUAUCUAAUAGGCCAUCUUUAAUAGUGGCGAAUAAAAUUGACGAGGCAGGAUCUGAGAAAGUCUACCAGGAACUGGAAAGAAGAGUGCAAGAUGUUCCUGUCUAUCCAGUGUGUGCUGUCCUGGAAGAGGGAGUGCCGGAGCUGAAAGCUGGUCUUAGGAUGCUUGUAAAUAAUGGUGGGAAAUCACAGACACUCAGUUUAGAAAAAAUCAAUGUUGACUAGGUUGUUUUUUGUUUUAACUCUUAGAUUUGGAAAUGGUUUUCACAUAAAAUUUUGGUCAAAUUUACUUUUAUGCACCAUAUUGGGAAUGCAAAGAUCAAUGUAACAAUCGGUUUUAUUUAUAACUUCCAGCCAUUUAUCGAAUAAUCUUCU